GCACCCGACAAUGCCAUCUACUCCUUGAUGUCUUCAAUUCAACUGAACAUGAGCUGACGGUUAGUGUUAAAAACAAUGAAGACCUAGUUCUGCAUGCGGGGGAAUGUCAGCGGGCAAACCUCAAUCUCGAAAAAGCACAUAUGGCUAUCCAGGUUGACAAGUUUAAUUUCGAGAGUUUCCCAGAUUCCCCUGGUGAAAGGAUACAGUUUGCAAACCCAAAGCAACUGGAAGAAGAGAGACAGCAGGCAAAAGGUCUGGAGAUCAACAGCAAGUUAGACGUUUGUUGGAAAAUUCCUUCUUUGAAGCGUGAAGGGGAAGCAAGUGUAGAAGGAGUUCUUAAUCAACUAGUCCUAGAGCAUCUGCAGCUGGCUCCUCUCCAGUGGGAUGUCUUGGUGGAUGGAAAGGUCUGUGACUGUGAUAUUGUAGUAGACUGCAAAGUCGGGGACCCCAUCGCAUUGGAGGUGAAGCUGACCAACUGGAGCAAACACAGCGUGGGCCCAUUUGCUCUAACGGUGAUCCCAUACCAGGAUUACCAAAAUGGAGUGCACAACUAUGAGCUCCAUGAUGCCAUCACCUUUGUUGGAUCCAACACCUUUUACAUUGAUUCAGUGAAACCAGCCAAAAAUUCUGUGUGCUUUGGAGCCCUGCUCUUUCUCUAUACAGGUGAUUUUUACUUGAACAUCAAGUUUCAUGAAGACAUCUCCAGCAGGGAGCUUCCUCUUUCUUGGUUCUGCCUGCCUAGUGUUCACAUUCGUGCUAUGGAGCCUGUGAUCCAAACUAAACUGUAAAUGUACCAUAUGAUAUUGGAUUAGCCACAGUGCACAGAAACACUUGACAUGUCCUCUGCUUGACCCCACUCUGUUUCUUUCCAACCCCAGCCCACAGGCCUUUCUUUAGAGGCACUGCUGAACAUUUUUAGAAUCGGCUGAGGUAAUUUGGGCAGCUCCCUUUGCUUAUUUGGAAAGGAGUGAUGGAAUAUAAUGUACUGGAUUACCCCCCUCCCCCUUGCCUUCCAAAAAGCCUUUGGUAGCCACUAAGGGAAAAAUUCUUCUCUUCCUGAUAGCCAUGCCUCCCCACUGAUAUCCGUGGAUUUGCAGGGGUGUAUGUGAAAGCUGAAUUUAGCCAUGAGCUUGAAGGUCUUAGCUCCAAUCUGAAUGAUACCUAAGGAUAUAUCGUCUGCACUGGAACAAGUGUUGUGUUUCUACACUAAAUUCCCACCACCACCACACUGAAUACACCAUUUGGGACCUAUUGUCUCAGUCGCAGUUUCUUGCUGUGCUUGUUUCUAAGCCCUUUGUUUGCUGGGCAUAUUGAUGUCUUUCUAACUCGGAAUAGAUGUAAGCCAAGCACUAGCAGAACAGCUUUUUUCCUUCCCCACCAGAUUCUAAGGAACGCAGCAGCAGUAAUGCCUUUUAAUUUGUUACUUAUUGCAGGAAAUAGCGGUAAUUGUAUCUCCAGUUUUUCUUGAUAGAAUAGGCAUGAACCCAAAAAGAGCUCUCCGCCCCUCCUUGCUCACAGUGCAGUUACUUCCCUUUGGGCAUCAGUAAACAAGAAAAGAAGGAAAGCAAGACAGGUAGAAACGUUUCUAUUUUUGCCAGGAAGGAGAGAAGCCAAAUAUUUGCCUGCCUGUGGGUAAUCUAUGAUGUCAGAGUGUCACAGGCCUAUUUCAUGGCAGUUGGGAGCCAUUUCAAGCAGUUGCAAGCCCCUUAAAAUGCCACCAAGAUGAAUCUCCUGAUAGUUUUUAAAGCUUUUCACAAGAAAUUGUUUCCAAACGUCUACUAAUCAAGAUUAGACAGGCCAGGCUAGACUAUGGUAUUUUCUUCUUUUCUGUGUCGAAUGAAUAAAGUAAAACAUAAUGGAAUAACUGCUGCAAGAUACUUCACUGUGGCUGUAGCUGCCAAAUGUACUGUAAAUUUGCAUUAUUGUGUUGUCUUUUACAUAGAAGCUUUGAAUAAAGAGACCGAGGCUUUCC